AUGACCGGUCGCGGUAAGGGAGGUAAAGGUCUGGGGAAAGGAGGAGCCAAGCGCCACAGGAAGGUGCUCCGUGAUAACAUCCAGGGUAUCACCAAGCCCGCCAUCCGUCGUCUCGCCCGCAGAGGUGGCGUCAAGCGUAUCUCCGGUCUGAUCUACGAGGAGACCCGCGGUGUUCUGAAGGUGUUCCUCGAGAACGUGAUCCGUGACGCGGUCACCUACACCGAGCACGCCAAGAGGAAGACCGUCACCGCCAUGGACGUCGUCUACGCUCUGAAGCGUCAGGGCCGCGAGGCCCGGACGGCCCUCCAUGUCACCACUGGGCGUUUCGCAAUGGCCCGUACCAAGCAGACCGCUCGUAAAUCCACCGGUGGUAAAGCGCCCCGUAAACAGCUCGCCACCAAGGCGGCCCGCAAGAGCGCGCCGGCCACCGGGGGCGUCAAGAAGCCCCAUCGUUACAGGCCCGGCACCGUCGCCCUCCGUGAGAUCCGUCGCUACCAGAAGAGCACUGAGCUUCUGAUCCGCAAGCUGCCCUUCCAGCGUCUGGUGCGUGAGAUCGCUCAGGAUUUCAAGACCGACCUGCGCUUCCAGAGCUCUGCCGUUAUGGCUCUCCAGGAGGCCAGCGAGGCUUACCUCGUCGGUCUCUUUGAGGACACCAACCUGUGCGCCAUCCACGUCGCAAUGACCGGUCGCGGUAAGGGAGGUAAAGGUCUGGGGAAAGGAGGAGCCAAGCGCCACAGGAAGGUGCUCCGUGAUAACAUCCAGGGUAUCACCAAGCCCGCCAUCCGUCGUCUCGCCCGCAGAGGUGGCGUCAAGCGUAUCUCCGGUCUGAUCUACGAGGAGACCCGCGGUGUUCUGAAGGUGUUCCUCGAGAACGUGAUCCGUGACGCGGUCACCUACACCGAGCACGCCAAGAGGAAGACCGUCACCGCCAUGGACGUCGUCUACGCUCUGAAGCGUCAGGGCCGCACCCUCUACGGUUUCGGUGGUUAA